CGUAGCUAUCCAGGCAGACGAGACCACUGACGUAUCCACUCAUUGUCAGCUUGUUCUAGUACUACGCUACAUCGACAACGAGCAUAACGUACAAGAACGUUUUUUCGAGUUCAUGAAGCUGGAAAGGGCAUGUGCGGAUGUGAUAUCGGAUGCUUUGCUGGAGAGGCUGCGCACUAUUCUUCCCGAGGGCCAGGGUGGAAAGUUGAUUGCCCAGGCCUAUGAUGGGGCCGCUGUGAUGAGGGGAGCCACUGGCGGAGUGCAGCGCAAGGUGCAAGACAUCUACCCUACCGCGCAUUACACCCACUGUUACGCCCAUCAACUCAACCUUGUCAUGCAGAAAGCAACUUCUCACAUUCCCCAGAUAAGUCACUUCUUUUCAGAUAUGGGGGGAUUCGCUUCUUUUUUUACCAAGUCGACCAAGAGAACAGCUGUGCUUGAUGAAAUGGUGGCCCACAGACUUCCGAGUGCCUCGUCAACACGCUGGAACUUUAACAGUCGUGCAGUGAACACUGUGUACGAGCACAAGGAUGACCUGGUCAGGUGUUUUCAGACCAUCCGCAACAGCGACGCUUUUGAUGGACAGACAAACAGAGAAGCCGGUGGGUUUGUCCGUAUGCUGGAAGACGACUCAUUCUGUUUCUUCCUCAACCUCUUCCACAAGAUUAUGCCACAUGUCGAUAUCUUGUACAGCCAGCUACAGAGGAGAAACUGUGACUCCAUCUACAUCGGAGGGGCCAUGCAGGCAUUCAUUCGCCGCAUGCAGAAUAUCAGGGAUGCUGUCCCUUUCUUGGUUGGGGAUGAGGAGUACAGGGGACCUGUUCAGGAACCAGCCCCAAAGAGACGGAGAACGUUGGAAGAGGACAGACAGCACCGUUUGGCAGAGGAGGUGUGUGACACCAUUAUGACCCAUGCCACAGAGAGAUUUGCCUUCACCAAACACCUUGUCAGCGCCACUCUGUUGCAAGGAGACCUCUUCCAACAGCACAGGAGAAAGUUCCCAGAUAGAGCCCUGGAAACUACAGUGGAAGCCUAUCCCUCACUGGACAAGGCCAGACUUAAAACAGAACUGUCCCUGAUCUAUGACAAUGAGGAGUUCCAGAAUUGCAGUGGUGCGCUGGCUCUUUACCAGGUUUUGAUGGCAAAUAACCUUCAGGACACUUUCGCCGAAACUGUAAGUCUUUUAAACAUCCUCAUCACCACACCCAUGACAACAGCGGAAUCAGAGAGGUGCUUCUCUACAUUAAACAGGAUAAAAACCUUCCUCAGGAAUACCAUGGCACAAGACAGGCUUAAUGCUCUAGCAAUGCUCUCCAUUGAAAAGAAGAUGGCACGUGGCAUUCAUGAUUUCAAUUCCAGGGUGAUUGAAAAAUUUGCUUCUCAGAAGGACAGAAGAGCAAAAUUCUUAUACAAAUAGGGACUUGCACCAUUUUUUGUGUCUAGAUGUGUGCAGCUGUGAAUGCAGAUACUGUAUUUGUUCAUAAUGUAAGAUCCAUGUACAUUCAGUUUUGUGUGUGUGUGUGUGUGUGUGUGUGUGUGUGUGUGUGUGUGUGUGUGUGUGUGUGUGUGUGUGUGCGCGCGCAUUUGAGGUUGUGGAUGUGUGCUAGUGUGAAUACAGAUAGAUGAUCUGCACGUAUGGAUUCAGGUUGUGUGUGUGUGUGCAUAUUUGCACAUGUUGAUGUGUGCUGGUGUGAAUACGGUACAAACACUAUGUAUAUAUUUUGUUCAUAUGUCAUUUAGACAGAGAUUAUUUAAGUAUAUAUUCUAGACUGUAUAAGUCUCUCUGAUUUAGAUGUGUGUGUGUGUGUGUGUGUGUGUGUGUGUGUGUGUGUGUGUGUGUGUGUGUAUUGUAUGAUAUAUUUGUAUUUUUGCUCUGUUCCUGGCAAAUGAAUAUUGAGACUAACUGAACUGUUGAUUUUGAAGAAAUUAAAU